AAUCUGCCGCGCGGGAAUCGCCACCGUGGGCUCCCUCUGGGAAUGUGCUGCUGUGGAUACCAAGGAUACGUAAAAACAGCGAAUAAGUGAGGAGGUCCAGCUUUAAGACAGACGAGUUACUGAGUGUCUGUGCUUUGUGUUUUUUUUUCUUUUUCAGUCGCGGUUUUCCGCCCUGGCGCCGCGGGCGGUGCCGAAUGUGCGGCGGUGAAGCGCCAGGCCGGUAAACAGCGCCCGGGUGAGGCGAUGGCGGCGGGCGGGCUGGCGGGGCUCCUGCCCGCCCAGACACAGCUCGAGUACGCGCUGCUCGACGCUGACACUGCCCAGGAGAAGGAGAACCUGGUCUACCAGUACCUGAAGAAAAUGGACAGCCGUGAGCGGGACCUGACGGUGCCCGAGCUCGGCNCAGAUUUGCAAUGGUUAAACACUGAAGGUCCUAUUUCUCUUCACAAAGACCUUUGUGGAAAAGUUGUGGUGUUGGAUUUCUUCACUUACUGCUGCAUCAAUUGCUUGCACCUGCUGCCUGACCUCCACGCCUUAGAGCACCAGUACUCUGAUAAAGAUGGUCUGGUUAUUGUUGGUGUCCAUUCAGCAAAAUUCCCAAAUGAAAAAGUUCUGGAUAACAUUAAAAGUGCCAUUCUAAGAUACAAUAUCGUCCACCCUGUAGUAAAUGAUGCGGAUGCAACACUGUGGCAUGAUCUAGAAGUGUCCUGCUGGCCAACUCUGGUCAUUCUUGGGCCUCGUGGAAAUAUGCUGUUUUCUCUUGUUGGAGAGGGACACAGAGAGAAAUUGUUCUUAUUUACUUCUAUAACACUGAAAUUCUACAAGGAAAGAGGACAAAUCAAAGAUAACAACAUCGGAAUAAAGCUCUACAGAGACUCCCUUCCACCUUCUCCUCUGCUGUUUCCUGGCAAAGUGACUGUAGACAAUUCAGGAGAAAGGUUGGUCAUAGCAGACACUGGACAUCACAGGAUUUUGGUUACUCAUAAAAAUGGACAAAUUUUACACACUAUUGGAGGUCCAAACAGUGGAAGGAGAGAUGGAAGAUUUUCAGAGGCGGCUUUCAACUCACCACAAGGGAUCGCUAUAAAAAAUAAUGUUAUUUAUGUAGCCGAUACAGAAAAUCACCUAAUUAGAAAGAUUGACCUGGAGUUGCAGAUGGUGACCACUGUAGCAGGCAUUGGGGUACAAGGUGUUGAUAAGGAAGGUGGAGCAAAGGGAGAAGAACAGCCCAUCAGCUCUCCGUGGGAUGUGGUCUUUGGAAGUUCAAUUUCAGGGACACAGGAAGAUGAUGUGUUAUGGAUAGCAAUGGCAGGCAUUCAUCAGAUAUGGGCACUGAUGCUGGAAGGUGGAAAACUACCAAAGGGAAGUGACUUAAAGAAAGGAGUCUGCCUGCGCUUUGCUGGGAGUGGGAACGAGGAGAACAGGAACAACGCUUACCCACACAAGGCAGGGUUUGCCCAGCCCUCGGGGCUCUCCCUGGCCCCAGAGGAGCCCUGGAACUGCCUGUUCGUGGCCGACAGCGAGAGCAGCACCGUGCGAACCAUCUCGCUCAAGGACGGGGCAGUGAAGCACCUUGUAGGAGGAGAGAGAGACCCAUUGAAUUUGUUUGCUUUUGGUGAUGUGGAUGGAGCAGGCAUAAAUGCAAAGCUGCAGCAUCCCUUGGGAGUAACAUGGGACAAGAAAAGAAAGCUGCUCUAUGUGGCAGAUUCCUAUAAUCAUAAGAUUAAGGUUGUGGAUCCCAAGAUGAAGAACUGUGCUACCCUGGCAGGCACAGGAGAAGCAGGCAAUGUUGUUGGUUCCAGCUUUACCCAGUCAGCUUUCAAUGAACCAGGAGGUUUGUGUGUUGAAGAAAACGGCCGCCUGAUGUAUGUUGCAGACACAAAUAAUCAUCAGAUUAAAGUGCUGGAUUUGGAAACAAAAAUUCUUUCCAUGUUGCCUAUCCUGAAGCCAGAAACAUGUGAUGUUCCAGAUAACCUGCCUGUGCAAAAGGAUAAAAUAACAAACCUUCCACGACUGCCUAAAUCUGCACCAAAUGUUCAACUUCCUUCACUAACUGUAGCUCCUGGCCAGACAAUUCAGUUUUUGUUAAAGUUGACUCUUCCUCCAGAUUCAAAACUGAAUGAAGAAGCUCCCAGUGCAUGGUUUAUCACAGCAGAAGAUAACACCUGGUUGCUGCAAGAACAGUGUCUGACAGGAGAAAUAAAGGAUGUUUCCUGUCAAACUGUCAUUCCUUUUCAGUUGCCUGGGAGCUGUGUGUCAGCUGAAGCCACCCUGGCCAUCAAAGCGUGCCUCUACUACUGCAGCAAAGGUAGCAGUGCCUGUAUGAUGGCAGGAGUCUCCUUCAGCCAGCCCUUGCAGGUCACUGGCACAGACCAAGGCAGCUCAGCUCAAGUGGAACUGAUACACACCUUUGUAACUAACUAACACAAAGCCAGCUGAUUUCACACUUCAUUUUGCUAUCCACCAUUUCUAUGGGAGAAAGUACAAAUAGAUAAAUUCGCUCUGUUUUUUUCUGGAGCUUAUGACAAUGCUAAGAAAUAAUAUGCUUGGUAAAAUGAAGUAGUUUUCCCUACAGUCUAAUGGGAAAAUUUAUCAUCACAACCUCAUUUCUUUACAUAACAGUAGCAGCAAUAACUUUGUAAUACUGUAGACUCUUGCCAAGUGUGAACAUACUGGAUGUCUGCCACUCUUAAGAAGUGAGCAACAAUUUUUAGAGUCCAUUUGAAAGAGCUGGUGUUACUUUGUAAUGUUACUGUAAGAUCUUUGCACUGUAAGUGGUGUAAUAGCAGAUAAUUUUGGACAUUUCAAAAUUCCUUUUGUGCCCUUAUUACAUUUUAAUAGAAUGUCAAAAGGAAGUUUCUUUCUCCCGUCUAUAAAAGAAGUAUCUUGCUUAUUCUUAUGCUUCUGUAAUGAGACUAUUUUGAAAAUACAACUUAAACUAGGUGCAGCUCUAGUUUUAUGGAAGCUGAAUAUUUUGCUUUAACUCAACAUUGACAGCCUUACAUGAAGAACAAAGGUUCAUGGGAAAUUUUCUGUGAAAGGAAGCAUUCAAGAUCCUGCAGAAGAAUUUCAUGGUGAUUUUUAACAAAGAAUGUGCCUCUCUGCAAUGUGUAUAUGUAUAUAAAAUAACCACCACAAAGCUAUGCUGGAGUUUUUCUGAUACAUAACAAUUUACGUUUUAUAGAAAGUGGUAGGUAAUAGUUGAAUAUCUACACUGCAAAAAUUAAAUGUCAACCAUUUCAAGCAGAGUGAUUCACUCCUAUUUUAUUUCUCUGCAAAGACUAUUCUGAAGACUUCUGUCUUACAUAUACGUAAUAUUAUGAAGAAUAUUACACUCUUGAAGUCUGAUUCAGAGUCUUUUGAAGUCACUGUUAGUCCUUGGAUUUGUUAUAAUGGCCACUGAACCAGAAUUGUAUACUUGAUAAUGGAUUAUUAACAUUUAUGUUUAGAGCUUCUGAUCUUUUGCUGGCACACUGGUAACCUAAUCUUUGAGUAAGACGCUUUAAAACUCUCUUGCAAAACUCUGUCCUUGGUGGUUAAGUGUUUUGCAAAUAAAAUGCCCUCCAUUUGCCAUAAUAAGUAGGGGCAGGGUGAUAGUAGUGGUGCAAGUUUAUUACUUGAGCUGGAAGAGUUUCCGUCAUAAUUGGGUUAGGCCCUGUGCUCUGGUCAUGAUGAUCAGUUCUGAAAAGAUUUUAAGUUGAAGGGUAGUAUUGUCACACAUAUUAGGAAGUGCAGUAGUGAAAUAAUUUUUUUAUAUAGUUUUUUCUAAAACAAUUACUCCUGACACCUGUUAGUAAAUCCCCGCUGUCAGUUGUUGCUUUUUUUUACUUAAGGGCUGACUGAAAUGUUGGUCAUGAACCUGAGAUGCUUUUGUUUAAGGAAACCAUAUGGACUGGUGUGGUUCUUCCUUCCAUUGAAAUGCCAGUCUAGCUGAGAGUUCUUUGUGGCACCAGAAAUGGUUGUUAUCUCACCUGUCAGUAGAGCAAGGGCUGAAAUGUUAUUUUUCUUAUGUUUGGUUUUCAAGCAACUUUUCUAAUUUACUGUUUCAGCCCCUUUGUGUAAGCCUCUCAAUUCCCACAUGCCAUUUUGAAGACUGAAAAAGCUUUGCUUCUUUGUUCACAGAUGGCAAAUGCUGUUGGAAGGAUGAAGAUAAAGAAACUAAUUUGGGCAUUUAUUAUUUUUUACACUUUAGUAAAAUUCAGUCUUUCACAAUUUUUUGUUUGUCUGUUUACCUUUGGAUAGUAGCCAGGAAACCUUCAAUCAGCUUCUAGACAGCCUGCAGAUUUUCUGUUGCUCUCUGAAAAAAAACAAGCAUUAGGUACAGAAGUUCAGAAUAACGAACCAAACUGUCAUAGUUACCUUGAAUGUGUAAUUCAUCAGGUGGAUCUUUUUGUCCCAUCAUAGAAUGGUUUGUGUUGGAAGGGGACUGAAGCCAUUUUGUUCCAACCCCCUGCUGUGGACAGGGAGACCUUCCACUAGAGCAGGUUAUUCAGAGCUGCACCCAGCCUGAUUGUGAACACUUUCAGGGAUCUGGCAUCUCCAGCUUCUCUGGGCAGCCUGUGCCAGUGUCUGAGCACCCUCACAGGAAAGAAAUUCUUCCCUAUAUCAAAUCUUUUCAGUUUGAAGCCAUUCCCCUGGUCCUAUCCCUAUAUGCCUUUGUUAAAAGUCUCUGUCCAGCCCGUGUAGCUCCUUCAGGUCCUGGAAGAUGCUAGAAGGUCUCUCCAGGCUGAACAACCCCAACUCAAACUUUCAGCUAGAAUGACAUUAUAUUUUUCUAUUUCAUUUGGAUCAGGUCAUCAAAUUCUGCCUAUAUUCCAAUAUUUAAAGAAAAAAAUCAAAAAUCUGUUUUGUUACUGACACUUUCAAUUAAUGUAUUGCUGUAGGGGAAAGACUGUAUUCCUCACAUUAUUUAACUAAAGUGUAUAAUGUUUAAUUACAAUAUUGUAGUUACAUUUUCUAUCUAAACAUUCUCUCCUUGCUCUCUGUCUUCAGUCUCUGUGUUCAGUGUGAUUGGCCUUUAAUCUUAUAGUCUAACAUAAAGUUUUGUUUGUCCAAGAAAUACGGAUGCACAUUCCCAGAGUCACUACUUCUGUUUCAGUUGGAGUGUACAGAUAUUUGAAUGUUCUGUGAUUAGAAAAGCACAGGGUUUUUUUUUUUAGAGCUUAUGAUAUUUAGGGAUACUAUUUCCAUUUCUUCCUCUGGGGUUUACAAGCUGCUCUUACAGUAAAGCAACAAGUGCCAUAAAUUUCACCAGACAGGCAAACUGAAUAGGAUGUACAAACUACAAGAAAUUAAUCUAAGUACCAGAAAGUAUCUUCCAAAUAUGAUGCAGAAAAAAAAGAAAUGUUAUUAUUCUAUUAAAAAAAAAGUCAGAUAUAUUGAUGAUAGCUACCUCUUUGUAUGGGAGCUAAGUUUUUUUAUGUUCCCUGAUACAAAUAUUCUAAGCAGAUUGGAAUGGCUUAGCACUCCCAGAUUUGUGUCUCACAGUAAAAGUUUGCAAUUCAAGGCCUUUUCGUACUGGCUUUAACAGGUUUUGCAGCAGACCUUAAUGAAGCAUUAAAAGACUAUAGCAAGUCUCUAAAGAGUAUUGGUCAUGGUUGAUUUGUAAAAUGGAAACAAGUUCAGUGGCAUUUAAAGUUUUUUAGUUGUAGUGUUUGCAUUUCUGGGACAGCUUUUGGUUUUGAAUGGAUGUAUUAAUAGUUCCAUGAGAUGUUUUUAAUAAUUCUAUUCAAUUGCAGUAUAAUAUUUUUUAUUAGACUAGAAAAAAGAUAAUGUGGUUUUGAAGAGGGAGGAUAGUUUGUUUUAAUAGCUCUUUCAUGUUGUUUGAAUCCAGUAAUAUUUUUCUGUAGUUUGCUCCCUUCUGUUGAAGGAAGGGUAGGGAUGAUGACUGUGUGAACCUAUUGAUGGGCACAUAUUUUAUGCAUAUAUUUUUAGUUGAUUUCUUUUUGUGUUAGAUUCUUAUAUAAUUUUAAGCUUUUCUAUUAGAUGCAGUUCUUCAGUUUGUGUUUGGCCUCUCCUAUCUCCCACCUGUAGAGCAUUAUGUUGGUAUAAUGCUGUGGUAGUGUGGUACCAAGCAAGUACAGACCAGGUGAGUAAACAUGAGGAAGUAGUUUUAUAGCAUCAGGUAAAUGCCUUAUCUGCUUAUCCUGAGAAAAGGUGCAUAUGGCUUCCAGUAUAUUGUAUAUAUUCUUAAUGCACUGAUUUUAUUUAAAUAGGAAAAUAAUGUAAUUGAAACCAUGGGUAAAACUGUUUUGUUGAGAGAACAUCAAAAAAAAUUAUUCCUUUCCUCUUGCUCAGCAGAGGGGGAUGAUGAAAAUGAAGAGACUUUCCUUCUUAUGUAGGGCUAUGUCCUUUCGUUCCUUUAAUUAUUGACUAUUUAUUUUAGCAAAGAUAGAGGUAUUAUUGACCACAAAUUGUCUUGAAUUUUUGUUUCCUAAAAAAGUUUUCUAUGUACAUGGAAGCUUUAAAUGUCUGACUUUGUAGAGUUAUGAGUGAUAGAUUUUGUUUUAAAUAGUUUUAGUUUAGCAGACAAUAACAGAGAUUUAUGUACAUUCUUAAGAUCUGUAAUUUUUUAAAUCACUGGUAUUCAUUGACUUACCUCAAAGACACAUUGAGGCUAUACUCCCACAGAAGUGUGAACUCAAAAUUAAAUUUUCUUUGUUGUAGAAUGUGUGAGAUGUGCUGUGACACGUUGUGUUCUCCAGGCUGCAGUUGUGCUACCUAAGGAGAAUUUUCCACACACGGCAGCUCAUCAGUCACCCCCAGAAAUUCUCCACUGAAAUCUGCCAGGUCACUUGCUCAUAUAAUCAGUUAAUAUUACUGAUUUAUAUUAGCCAACAUUUAGUAUUCAGAAUUUAUCAUUACAAUUUUUAUUGAAGUUGGUUUGUCAGGGAUUAGAGCUUUUCUCUGUCCCAAGCAAACAAAGUAUAGGAAUGGUGACAAUGGAGGUAAUUUUUGAAAAUGUGAGACCUGGCUAUUUUUUAAUUAAAUCACAACAUCUGUUUUUGCAUUCAACAAGAGAUCAUUAAUUUGAAAACAAUAGUCUAGUAUAUUACAUUCCAUUAUGUUCAUGUAACCAAAUCUGACUACUGUCUUCCGUUAGAAGCAGCUGAUCUAUAUUUUAUAGUUUUUGUACUUUUAUAGAUAAAGUCACUACUCUCAUUUAGGAUUAGGAUUCAUUCCUGUACAGGACUCAUCACACCUAUGAUUGAGUUUCCAAGUUUAUCUUAGUUUCUUUGUCAUAUAAUUGUGGGGGAUUUUAGCUGGGUUUUUUGGUCUGUCCUUUCCUCCUGUAGUUUCUACAGUGAACAUAUGCAGCCCAUAUCUUGCUACCGUGGAGGGAUCCAAGCAGGAGUAACUCCCUCCACCAGCUCCUUGCCCCUCCCCUGCUUCAGGGAUGGGGAUGAAAACAGCAAGUAAUUCUAGAUAGCAUUAGAGUAAGAUGAUGUCCUCAGGUCUGCUUUAUCAAGCUUUGCACUCAUGCAGCUACUGUUAGGAGUUUUACCUCUGGCCCUGUCCACUGAGGUCCUGAAGUUAUUGGUAGCUGUCUCAGAGCAUCCCAUCAAACUUGAGUUGCCUGUGCAGAAAUUCUGAUGGCUCUUG